CAGUGACUGAGGCAGAGACAGAAGGACACGAACGGCCGGCGCGUCGAUCACCCAGACCGCCCGCGGAGGGUCCCCCGCUCCCUUGCCGGGUGCUCGGAGCGGAGCACGCGACGCGGAGCGGGCGAAGGAGCUUGGGCUGAGUCUCGAAGGCGGCAAGAAGAGCGGGAGCAGGAAGAACAUGGCGGCAGCGGAGUCGGGCUGGGAGUGCAGUCAUCGCUGCUCGUGAGGAGAGCUCAUGGGGGAGACGGGGCGCUGAGACCGCCUGCGCGCCCCACAGGGCCCGCUUCGUCUCUCCCCGCCCCCAUCCGAGCAGGCGGCCGCAGCAGCAGCAGCAGCAGCGUCCCCCGCCCCCGGCUUAGGCCGCGGCCUUCUCUGGGAAGAAGGGGCGGCUCCGUCUCGGCCCCUUAGUCUGACCAGCGGAGAGCGAGAGAAGAAGCGGCUUCGGGCCUGGCAGCUACUUGCACAAUAGGGCCGGGUAGAGGACCGAGCCGAUCCCCUCUUCUCGUGCUUCCCCUCUGUCAUCUUCGCCACCCCCUUCCCCUCCUGUCACCCCCCCUUCCCCAUUACGCCCCCUGAUUUUCCCUCGUAUUUUCCCCCCCUUUCACUUGGUAGUUUCACUUCUCAUUUUGGGAGGGGGGCACUGAUGUGCCUGGCUAACCCUUUCCUCUUACCUCUUCUGUCACUGAACUGUCUGCUGCUUCCUUUCUCCCGAGUGCCCUGAUUUGCUCCCUUAUUCGUGCCAGUCUUCUUCGUUGGUGAAUAAUGUCGUCCAUUCUUUUUUGCUUUUUGUCACCUAUGUAACUAGGCCCCUCGCUAGGUGCCCUGUCCCAAUUUUCCACUAUUGUUUCCCGUCUUUCCUCGUUCUGUUUCUUCUUCAACUCUAGCAUUGCUACUUCCUGUUCUCUUACAUUCUGCGAAGCUGCUGCUACUACUGCUUCAGUGAAAAAGUUAUCUGCUCCCAUAGUACCACUGACUCUCAUUUUGCAUUGCCCCCCUUUUAGCAGUGGCAAUAAAGAGAACUCUUUGGGGUAUUGUGUGGGAUUCUUACUCCCUUUUCUGCUCCCCUUUAUUGAGGGGGGCAAAGCCCCCCAUCACAUCUCAGCUCGAUCAACGAUUAUAGACCGUUGUGGUGUGGCAAGAGGCAGGAUGACUGAUACCCGGAGGAGGGUGAAGGUUUAUACUCUGAAUGAAGAUAGACAGUGGGACGAUCGUGGCACUGGGCAUGUGUCCUCUGGCUAUGUGGAAAGGCUGAAGGGCAUGUCCCUGCUAGUCAGGGCAGAGAGUGAUGGUUCUCUUCUUCUCGAGUCGAAAAUCAAUCCAAAUACUGCAUACCAGAAGCAACAGGACACGCUGAUUGUGUGGUCUGAAGCAGAGAACUAUGAUUUGGCACUUAGCUUUCAAGAAAAAGCUGGAUGUGAUGAAAUAUGGGAAAAAAUAUGUCAGGUUCAAGGGAAAGACCCUUCAGUGGACAUUACUCAGGAUCUGGUGGAUGAAUCUGAAGAGGAACGCUUUGAUGAUAUGUCAUCUCCAGGUCUAGAGUUGCCAUCUUGUGAAUUAAGUCGACUAGAGGAAAUUGCAGAACUUGUGGCUUCUUCGCUACCUUCCCCGUUGCGGCGUGAAAAACUUGCUCUAGCACUGGAAAAUGAGGGCUACAUUAAAAAGCUCCUAGAAAUUUUUCACGUGUGUGAGGACUUGGAGAACAUUGAAGGACUACACCAUUUGUAUGAAAUUAUUAAGGGAAUCUUCCUUUUGAAUAGAACUGCACUUUUUGAAGUCAUGUUUUCUGAAGAAUGUAUAAUGGAUGUAAUUGGAUGCCUAGAAUAUGAUCCUUCUUUAUCACAGUCACGGAAACACAGGGAAUUUCUGACAAAAACUGCAAAAUUUAAAGAAGUUAUUCCAAUAUCUGAUCCAGAGCUAAAACAAAAAAUACAUCAGACAUACAGAGUACAGUAUAUUCAAGAUAUGGUUCUUCCUACUCCUUCAGUAUUUGAGGAAAACAUGUUAUCAACUCUUCAUUCAUUCAUCUUUUUUAAUAAAGUAGAAAUAGUUGGUAUGUUACAGGAAGAUGAAAGAUUUUUGACUGACCUGUUUGCACAACUAACAGAUGAAGCUACAGAUGAGGAGAAAAGGCAAGAAUUGGUAAACUUCCUUAAAGAGUUUUGUGCAUUUUCCCAAACGUUACAACCCCAAAACAGAGAUGCUUUUUUCAAAACAUUGUCUAAUAUGGGCAUUCUUCCAGCACUAGAAGUCAUCCUAGGUAUGGAUGAUGCACAAGUGCGAAGCGCAGCUACUGAUAUAUUCUCAUAUUUGGUUGAAUAUAAUCCAUCUAUGGUACGAGAAUUUGUCAUGCAGGAAGCUCAGCAGAAUGAUGAUGAUAUCUUACUCAUUAACCUCAUCAUAGAACACAUGAUUUGUGAUACAGAUCCUGAACUUGGAGGAGCAGUCCAGCUGAUGGGUCUCUUGCGCACCUUGGUGGAUCCAGAAAAUAUGCUCGCGACUGCCAAUAAAACAGAAAAGACAGAAUUCUUGGGGUUCUUUUACAAACACUGUAUGCAUGUUCUCACUGCACCCUUAUUGGCCAAUACUACGGAGGAAAAACCUAGCAAAGAUGACUUUCAGACAGCCCAGCUGUUAGCCUUGAUAUUGGAGUUACUUACUUUCUGUGUAGAACAUCAUACAUACCAUAUAAAGAACUACAUUAUUAACAAGGAUAUUCUUCGAAGAGUGCUAGUUCUGAUGGCUUCAAAGCAUGCUUUCUUGGCACUAUGUGCCCUGCGUUUUAAACGAAAGAUAAUUGGUUUGAAAGAUGAAUUCUACAACCGCUAUAUAAUGAAAAGUUUUUUGUUUGAACCAGUGGUCAAAGCAUUUCUCAACAAUGGAUCCCGCUAUAAUCUGAUGAACUCUGCUAUUAUAGAGAUGUUUGAAUUCAUUAGAGUGGAAGACAUAAAAUCCUUAACAGCUCAUGUAAUUGAGAAUUACUGGAAAGCACUAGAAGAUGUAGAUUAUGUGCAGACAUUCAAAGGUUUGAAAUUGCGUUAUGAACAACAAAGGGAAAGGCAAGAUAAUCCCAAACUUGACAGCAUGCGGUCCAUCUUGAGAAACCAUAGAUAUAGGAGGGAUGCAAGGACCUUGGAGGAUGAGGAAGAGAUGUGGUUUAACACUGAUGAAGAUGAUAUAGAAGAUGGAGAAGCAGUGGUGCCACCCUCUGACAAAAGUAAAAACGAUGAAGACAUUAUGGAUCCUAUAAGUAAAUUUAUGGAAAGAAAAAAAUUUAAAGAAAGUGAAGAAAAGGAGGUCCUUCUGAAAACAAAUAUUUCCGGUCGCCAGAGUCCAAGUUUUAAACUUUCCUUCUCUAGUGGUACAAAGGCUAACCUCACCAGCCAGUCAACUGCAAGUAAUUUGCCUGGGUCUCCUGGAUCUCCAGGAUCGCCUGGGUCACCCGGAUCGCCUGGAUCAGUUUCUAAAAGCACAUCACAGAUGGCAGCUAUAACUACCAAGGGAGGACUAGUGGGGCUUGUAGAUUAUCCUGAUGAUGAUGAUGAUGAUGAUGAAGAAAGCCUACCUUUGUCACAGAAAGCAAAGCUAGAAUCCUCAUAAUGACAGCUCUGAAUAUCAAUAUUGGUUGAGUGAUAAACUAGGUUUCCAGAGGGGGGGAAGUCCGUAAUUUAAAAACUGCAGUCUCUAGUAGAUUACUGUGUAUAACACAGAUCAACUUAAAAACAUGGAUUUCUGCUAAUCAAGUGCCAAUUUGAAGGAGCAGAAGAAGAGGAAAUACUACACUUUAUGGAAAAGACAUGCCUUUCACCUCUCCAGCUUGGACCACGCAUUGCCCUUUUCUCAGGGAAGGAAACGGAAAAUAUAAAGCCAACAGGGCAGAAGUUUUGGUAGUGGAAUUCUGGAUUGGCUGUUCAGUUGUUACAAUCAGAAUAUGCUUUCUUGGACCAUGUACAAGACUUUGAAGAAAAGGCUCUUCUGCCAUAGUUCUUCACUAGCUAAGAAUGCCAGCAGUUUCUUUGUAUAAAGAGACCUGCCUUUGAAACCAUACAUUCUGAACAUUUUAGUCAAGCUACAACAGGUUUUAAAAAAAAAAACUCUUUGGGGGAGGGCUGAACAUAAGUUUCCUCUUUUUUUAAUCUGUUCCCUUUUGCCCUUUAAACUGCAGAUUUUUGUUUGGAAGUGAGGGAUUUGUCUAUCCCUUGAUUAAAAAAGAUUGAAUGGAAUUCUAAAUGUCACUUUUGUGUCAUAAUUUUAUUUUUAUUUUGCCCCGAGUGUAUGCUUAGUUGUUGAGUAUAUAUUUGGGACCAUUAAAUUUUUUUGAUGUAAUAUAAUCUCACUCUUGUGCUGGUACCUGUUUCACCUGUGUAAUUCUGUUCUACAACACAAUUCUUAAUACGUUUAGGAUUUUAUGGGAGAUGGUAUAAUUUUUAUUGAAAAAGAGCAAAUUAAUCUUGCCACAAUGUGCAUACAAAAGCAAUACUAUUUUGUGACUAAAUAUUUUAUAUUAAACUUUACAUCAUCAACUGUCUUGAAACAA